AUGGCUGAAAGCGAACAUAGUUGCCAAACAGCCUUUUCCAAUCAAACAACUGGUGGAACAGAAAAAAAAGCGAUUAAAGGCGCUAUGACAUAUGAAUACAACCCCCAAGAUAUUGAAAGAAUUGUAAUCCUUGGGGCCGGAUAUAACCGUAUACUAGAAGCAAUGGAAAAAUACAGCCUGAUGAUGAUGAUGUAUCUCAAAUCUCUCCUGAAGGGUGAACCCUUGAAUAUGGUAGAUAACAUGCAAUUGUCUAAUGAAAAUUUUGAAAUUGCUCUCAAACCUUUGAGAGGAAGAUAUGAGAUGAGAUUGAAGUCUAGACAAAUAGUUUUGCUCACAACACUUAGUCUUCAGAAGAGGAAACUGCUAGGAUUGAUUAAAAAAAAGCAAGCUAGCAGUGACCAAAAGAUCGGAGCUAGCAAUGAAAAGAAGGAAGACUAUAAAAAAUUGCGCAUCAAAAUUAAAAUAAUAAGAAAAGGCGAAAAAACUACCUACAGAAUCGUGAAGCCUAGCGAUGAAUUGAAAGAAAACACGCUACCUCGCAAAGACGCAAAAAAAAGGAAGAGGGAAGGAGCCGAGCCAGAACGGAGGAAAUCGAAGUUGAGAUCAAAGGAGGUAUUCCCAGAUGGCAUUAAUUCUAAACAUCCUAAGCACGAUUCAAAGUCGCCGCCAUCGAAAUCUAGCCCGAGUCAAGAGGGAGUUAAAGAAAAGCUUUAUGUGCCAAGUAAAAUAGAAAAUAAAUUGAUUCGGUUGUCCAGGAAUAACGUGGAAAAAAUGAUUGAUAUGCCAUGUUUUGCUUCUAUAGCAAUAGGCUGUUUCAUUAAAAUAGGACUUGGCCAAAACGGAAAUGAGGAGAUUUAUGUAGCUACCCAAAUAUUGGAUGUAUGUGAAACAGCCAACGUAGGCCAAGGUAGGAAGGACUACAACGAAUAA